AUGUCAUCUACCUUAUGGUUUGCCCUCCUGGGCUGUUUGACGCUUGGGGUGUCUCUGUCAGAAGGGGCACCACGUUCUUCAUGUCCUCCUGGAUGGUUUUUCUACAAAGCUAACUGCUAUGGCUACUUCCGGUUCAGACUGCCCUGGUCUGAAGCUGAGUUUGAGUGUGUCAGUUAUGGACAUGGUGCACAUUUGGCUUCCAUCAUAGAUGAUGCAGAAGCCUCCAUUAUUGCAAGCCAUGUAGCUGCUUACAGCCCAAAUGUACCUAUCUGGACAGGACUUCAUGACCCUGACGAGAUCCGUCGCUGGAAAUGGAAUGAUGGAUCAAUGUAUAAUUAUCGUGCUUGGAAGAGUGGAGAGCCUAAUAACCUGAACGGUGUGGAGUACUGUGGGGAGCUGACCAUAGAAACAAAGUUCCGCCAGUGGAAUGAUGCGCCAUGUCAAAAGCAAAACCACUUUGUGUGCAAAUACAAACCGUAA